GUGGUCUACUUGCAUAUGCGACAUCAAACUCCACAUCUGUUUCACCGGAACACCAAGCAAGGAUACGUAGACUUCUUCACCGGUAUCAAUACUGCAAGCAUGGAUGAAGAAGAUCCAAUUGAACAAGAGAUCAAUGUACACCUUACGAAAGCAUUGGCUGACAACCUCUAUCUGUUGCAGUACCCAGUCAGACCAAGCUUUAUGACGUAUGACAGUGUGGAAUUGCUGUCUGGAAAAGUUAAACCAGGACAAAGUAGGUUAGAGCUAGAGGUAGCCCUAAACACAAGCAGCAGCCAUUACUGCAAGAGCAAAGGGGAGCAGUUUGCACUCAAUGUGGAUGGCAAGAUUGGUGAAGGGGCCUCAUUUUUUACAAGUGACAAGAUGGACAAACAGGUUCUGACAUCCCAUCCUACUGGGGCACAGGUGGGCAGAUAUGCUGUCGGAUAUUUCAAAGGAGGUGAGCUGUUUAUGAGCCCUGUUCGAGCCCAGCUGCAAAUGAAGCCCAGUUUCUCUUACCUCGACAAGUCAGACACUCGGGCGGAAUCAAAACAGGCAGCUUUGGAACAAGGAGACUCGAGCCAAGAUGAAGCUGAGGAGGAGGCUACAGCUGUCACAGUGAAGUUUGCACGUCCAGAGUCGGAUGCUGCCAAGGCGAGACGUCUCGCUUCAUUCUCACAUCUCCAGAGGAAACAGGAGGAGGAGUCCUGGCUGCCACUACACUAUUAUAAUGUCUAUAGUGAGGAGUCUGAGCGUGAGCUGACCAGGCUGCUGUGUGAGGUGAAGGAGGCCAGCUCAGAGUUCCACGUGGAGUCUACAGAGUACCUCAACAUGCUCAUGUCACAUGAUAGUGAGAUCAAACAUGAGAAGCCAGCUAUGCCCAGCAAUGUUCUGUCCCUGACUCAGCUGAAAUCCAUGCCUCUUGCUGACCAGGUCAAGGCUCUCCUCACCAAUGCAAAGGUGAUCCGGUUCAGUCAGCUGCUGCAUCUUCUGCCUCAGGGGACCGACCCCAUAGCCACCCUGCGGGCCCUACAGAUUGUGGCAGUCAUGGUGCAGGGGUGCUGGGUUGUCAAGAGUGAGGUACUGUACCCCAAGGAUGGCUGCAGUCCUAACAGCGGGGUAUCGUCAGAAUUUCUGUGCAGAGGCAGGGACUUUGUGAUGUGGAGGUUCACUCAGUCGCGAUGUGUGACCAGGAAGGAGGUGGCCUCUGUGAUCAAGCUGCCCAAUGAGGAUGUGAAGGACAUCCUGGAGCAGAUGUCCCAUAUCAGGUUCAACCAUGGCUGGGAGUUUGUCUUCCCUCACGACUAUGAGUUCACAGACAGGUACCCAGAGAUUGUUGAGCGUCAAGCUAUGUUGUGGAAUUGCAAAUACCAGACAAUCAGUAAACAGCUUAACAUCACAGAUGCCCAGGAAAAGAAAAUCAGAGAGCUUGCAGCAGCAGAGGCGCAGGCUGAGAGGCCCCGGCGUCGACGCACGUCAUCACGCUCGCGCAAACGCACUCUCAGUGGUCGCUCCAUAUCAGACCACAGUGACAUGGAGACAGAGCUCACAGACAUUGAACUUAUACUCGCACAGCAAAACAAAUCUGCACUCAAAUCACCUGAUCACAAUAAAGACAGGCUUAACCAGCACACGUUGAACGGUGCUACCAUGGAGGUUAGCAGUGAACCAGACGAUGCAAUAGCUAACGGCAGUGACCAUGUGCAUAGUGAAUUCCAAAGUGAACUGGAGGCAUUUAUAAAGGACCGGUUAUGGAGCAGGUAUGUGAUGUCAAUGAGUGAGCUGACACAUCUACUGCACCUGAAGCUGACAGAGGAAGCUCCGGGCUCGCCCCUGGGUACAGGCGUCACAGAGACUCUCUGUGAACAGGCUGUGAUAAAACUGGGGGGACUGUCACUCAAGUCAAAGUGGCAGACAGAGGCCAUAUUUAUGCAUGUUCGCUGUGGAGAUACACUUGAACCUCUGCGGCACGCAUUUGUAGAACUCCUAAAAACAAGUUACAAAAUAAAAAAGCGUCAUUUUAUAAAGAAGAUGGAGACAGUCCCUGGGUCCUUUACUGAAGAUGAUAUGGUUAAUGUAUUGAAGGACUACUGCAUCAUCAAAAAGGCCCAUUACUACUUGAAAUGCUGCAACGACUACAGCUAAUGAAUGGUUGUCUUGAACUAGUUUAUGUUAAGUUUUUGACAAUAAAUGUACAAAUCUG